AUGUCGGGACCCAACUGGCAAGAAGAGGCAAUGCGCCGCCUACGACAGAUGCAACAAACCCGCGGCAGACCCGGUAUGGGAGGAGGUCCUCCCAACAUCCCCAAGGGCACACCCUUCCUUGCCGCUGGAGCAUUUCUGCUGUUAGGAGGCGGCUACGUCCUUUCCAACUCCCUUUUCAACGUGGACGGUGGUCACCGCGCCAUCAAGUACAGGAGGGUUAGUGGUGUUAGCAAAGAGAUCUAUAGCGAAGGAACACACAUCAAUAUCCCCUGGUUCGAGACCCCGAUUGUCUACGAUGUCCGAGCCAAGCCGCGCAACGUCGCUUCCUUGACCGGCACCAAGGAUCUGCAGAUGGUCAACAUCACCUGCCGUGUCCUGUCAAGACCUCAAGUCGAUGCUUUGCCGCAAAUCUACCGAACCCUCGGAACAGACUACGACGAACGAGUCCUGCCCUCGAUUGUCAACGAAGUCUUGAAGAGCGUGGUCGCACAGUUCAAUGCCAGCCAGCUUAUUACCCAGCGAGAUAUGGUGGCCAGGCUGGUUCGCGAGAACCUGUCCAGGCGAGCUGCUAGAUUCAACAUCACUCUUGAUGAUGUUUCUCUUACGCACCUUGCCUUUUCACCCGAAUUCACUGCUGCCGUUGAGGCUAAGCAGGUUGCCCAGCAAGAGGCCCAGAGGGCAGCCUUCAUCGUUGACAAGGCUCGCCAGGAGAAGCAAGCCAUGGUCGUCAAGGCCCAGGGUGAAGCCCGCUCAGCCGAGCUGAUUGGUGAUGCCGUCAAGAAGAACAAGGCCUACGUGGAGCUCAAGAAGAUUGAGAAUGCCCGCCUCAUUGCCACACAACUGCAAGAGGCAGGUUCCAAGAACAGACUUCUCCUAGAUUCCGAGGGCUUGGGCUUGAACGUGUUUGAAAGCGGAAAGGAAUAA